CCCCCAACGGAGGGUCCGUGUGGUUCCCUAUGUCUCGAUUCCUCGCUUCCGUGAUAGAACAAAAGAAGAGCAUGUACACAUAUACAGACAGAGGAACCGAACUCGUCUGCAGACACUGCAGCAUGUGUUAAUGGACUGUGAGCUAGAGAGAAGGAUGAGGGGGGGAUGAUCAUUUAUAUCAUACUGCCUGGGCUGGCGAUCUUGUGUGUGGAGGUCCCAAUCUUGUUGCUGUGCAUUAUUCGAGCGGGAGGGAUUAUGGUUUUUAUCAGUUCAAUUAUAUUCUUUUCACCCAAAGACGGCAUGUUUGCAUCCAAAGAGGGUUACAAUUUUGGGAUACCUUCCGCACCCAUAAAGGAUAAGACAUUAGACAAUAUCAUCUUUGAUAAGCGCAGAGAAGAGAAAGACAGACCGAGAGAUGGUAUCGAAGACGCUUACAACGCCUGCAGAUCGGGUACGCUAGAAUAAAAAAAGCAAAUGCAUGUAACAUAUCGGUUAAAAGAGGACAAAAUAGCCUCUA